AUGGAACCUUCUCAUAGCACUAGAAAAUAGUUGAAACUGUAAUUAUUUGAAAAUCUAUUGUUUGUCCAUUAGUUUUACUCAAUACCAAAUUAUUUACAAUAUCUCAUAUUUUCACUUGGUACCUACUAAUACAUUACCUAUUUGUAAUUGCCCUAAUAUAAAGACGAAUAAAACCUGUUGUAUUAAUAAUUUAAUUACUAAUAUUUUAUUACCUAUCUCUCAAGAUUUGACAUUGCACUCUGCGCUUAAUUUCAAAUAGAAGAGUAGCAAUAUUUACUAAGCUUAUGUAUAUUUUUAAUUUUCAUAAUUUUCCCAUUUUUAGUGGCUACUUUUAUAAAAAAGAAACAAAUAUUUUAUUAGAGCUCGUUAUUUCAUACAUUAAUAAACAUUUCAUCUGUAAUUACAUAAAUAUUUUAAUAAUAUUUAUUUAUACCUUUAACAUUACUUGCUGUGAAUAGUAUGACUCACUAUACUAUUAAUAAUGAAUUAUCAGAGUAAAUUCUUCAAAUUUUCUUUGUUAUUUUAACAUUGAUAUUUAUUAUCUGUUUUCAGAUAAUUUUACAAAUAGUUUGCCUUAAAAGUUUUGACUUAAAAUUGACAUCAUUUACUCAAAUUUAUGUGUCAUUUUUAGAUUAUGUUCUAUAAUUACUCUAUAUAAUUUAAUUUAUAAGUUACUCCAUAAUAAGUAAUCUCAAAAAUGCUUUGAUAAUUUAAUCUAUUUUAGUAAUAUUAAUUUCGGCUAUCAAAAUAUUGAGAGUUUUUGAAUUACACACUUGCAAGUCAGUUGAGUAAUAAAUUAUCCUAGUAUUUUCUUGUUUUGGAUUGCAAUUAGGAUUUAAUACAUUAAUACUUUACCUUUUAGACGAUUAUGAAAUUUUUGUUAACGUUCUUACACUAAUUUUAUUUUUAUUGCUUUAUUAGGUUAUAAAUCAAGAAUUCAAAUCCUUUGAAAUGAAUCAACUUUUAAAAUUUGUCAAAUCAAAUAAAAUAUCAUUUUUAAAAUAUUUGUUUGGAAAAAUGAUAAAUCUGUAGCUUAAUAAGACAUAAUAGUAUAUAAUAAACUCCUUAAUUUAUUAACAUUAUGGAUUUAUGAAUUAUAAUGAAGGAAAUACAUACGAGCAUCUAUUUGUAACACUAGAUCCAGAUGUGGAGUUGAAAUUUAAUAGUAAGUAAUUGUCAAUUUUAAGUAAAUUAAUUUAGGAAGAUAAGAAUUUUGACAUUCAAUAUGUGGCUAUCCUAUUUUAAUUGAAAUUCUAUAAUUUAGCUUAUAAAUAAAUUAUGAUUGCAAAUAGUCAAAAUCAAGGGAAAAAGUUAAACUAGAGCUCCGACAUCUAUUUAAAGGAGAGCGAAAUAUCAAGGAUGCAAACUUUUAACAACAAGGCAAAAGAGUCUAUUAGAUCUAUGAGUAAAUCUGGUAAAUCAAAUUCAGAAGAUUUAAAUAAUAUUAUUUAAAAGAAAAUAUUAAAAAAGAAUAGGCUUUUAAUAUCAAUAAAAGAGAAAAUUCCAAUGAUAACUUAAGCCUAAAUGAAUUACUUAAAAUUGAUGAUUCGUUCAGAUAUUAAAUUACAUUUACUAAUGGUUAAUAACAAAAAAUAUAAAUUUACUGAAAUUUAACUAGGAGUUGAAAUGUUUUUGAAAAAUGAGAAAAGAAAUAACAAUUUAAGAUAUUCGAUACUGCAAUUAUUGUAAGAAAAGGUUCAAUUUUACACUUAAUUCGUUAAUAAGAAGAUCUUAAAUCAUCAAAAGUUGUUUGAAUCAGCUAAGAAAAUAAGUGGCUAAAUGUAUAAAAUUGAAUAAAAGCUGAAUCGAAGAUAUGAUUAAUAUCCUAGUCAUAAAAUAUAAUCUACAUUAAUUUAUUUUUAAGCAGAAUUAUAAAACAAUUUUAUAGAAGCCUAUCGAAUAAAGAACUUAACAUCAAUAUCUGAAUAACAGUUAAUUGAUAUUGAAUAAAAUCUUUAAAUUUCCUUGUUCUCCAAAGAAGUAGUCUAUAUUAAUGCAGCUUAAUUGGAAGAUUAAGGAGAAUUAUUAAUCCUAAACUGUUCUGAAAAUACAUAAAAGUUUUUUGAAUUUAGUAAUGAACAAUAAAAACAGUUUACAACUCUAAGUUAUAUCUUACCAGAUUUUAUAUUAAAUGAACACAAUAUUUUAGUAAAUAACUUUAUAUAAACAGGAUAAGCAAAAUUUUAUUUAUCUUAUUCUCAAUCCUUUUAUAAAUCUACAAAUAACUUUAUUAAAUGUUGUGAUUUACUAUUUGAUAUUCAUUUCGACGAAUACUAUUUAUUUAGAUACUCCAUUUUUUUGUAGAAUACUGCCAAUACCUAAUCUUACAUUUUUGUUGAUGUCAAUGAACAAUUAGGUGGAUUCACAGAGACAGUGUUCGAAAAAUUGAAAUAUUCCAAUACUUUCAUAGAUGAGUUAAGCGAUUUUAAUUUUAAAAUAUUGAGCAUAGAUUUCAUAUUUCCUGAAUUCCCUAUGAUUGUUAAACAUAAGAAGAAUAACAUCUCAACUGAAUUAAGAUUUUUAAAGUAGGAUAUAUUCAGUUAAUAUUUACAGUAAUCUGAUCAUAAGAUUUCUCUCUAGGGACUAUGGAAUGAUAGUAAAAAUCUAAAUUUAUACAUGGUUGAUCUUCGCAUACAAUUUCAUAAUAUUUGGGAUUUUAAUUAUUAUAUUAUUGAGUUGGGAGAUUGUAGACCCUAAAAUUCAUUCAAUAUGAUAUCAUUACCAGUCACUAAAUCAUAAAAUGACAUUGAGAAUAUGUUUUAAUUGAGCUAACUUACAGAAUCUGAAGCACCAGCUCUUAAUGCUAAAGAAUUUUAGAAAAAACUAAAUAAAUUCAACAUAAUAGAAUAAAUAUAAUAAGAGGAAAUUCUUUUAGCAUCUAAAAUGCCUGCUGUUUAUAUUUCACAUAUUCCUUAAUCAGAUUUUGAACCGAACAUACUGAGUCCUAAUUCAAGUUAACUAGGGUUAAAUGAGAUAUCCUACUCAAAAUAGCCAUAAUUAUAAUAGCAAGAUUACUUUAAUUAAAGUGUUCGUGAUAAUUCUUACAGUAUGCAAAAAUCUAUUUAAUAAAUAUAACAUCAAAACAUUCUUCCAAUUGAUUAAAAAGAAGAUUUUUAUGAGCAAUAGUAUAAGAAAAAUACAUCCCUGACAUCCAAAUAAACUGGAAUUUAAAGAUCACUAUUUUAUAAAAAAUAUGAACUAGUUCAUGAUUCAUUGUUUUCACAAAUACCAGCUUCGAUGAAUAAAUUAUUAUUACUUAUUCUGGUUAGUUUAUUGAUCUGCCUUAUUUUUUAUAUUAUUGUACUUGCAUUGGUUUCAUAAGAUUUAACUAGAUUUAUAGCUGAAAUUGAUAUGAUACAAUUGCAUUCGGGUGUCAUGGUACCUCAUGAUUUUUAUUUUCAAAUGAGAUUCACAAUCUUUACUUAUACAGGAUUCUUAAAUAAAAAAGUAAUCACCAAAGACAGAUUCAAUAAUCUAACUGAUCUUUUUUACGAUAAUAUGCAUAUCGGCUAUAAUGAAUUUAAGAAUGGAUUUACUGAACAAUUAAACAAUCAAUAUCUUUAACCUUUUUAUAAUGACAAGAAUGUAACUGUGUAUUACAUGUACGAAUUUGGUUUGAAUACAUACCCAGUGACUUACAACGUCAGAGAAGUGUUCUUUACUUUUCUAACCUAUUACUAUGAAUUUCUUUUGAGAUUUUAAGCGAGGUUAACUCCAGCAAAUUAGACAUAUUAAGUAUUUCAAUUUGCAAAUGCUUUCUCGCUGCACAAUCUUCUUGAGAGUUUAGCUUAAGAUGCGUGGGCUUAUUCCAAAUAAAGAAGUAUAGUCAUAAAGGAUAAAUGGAACUAAAUUUGGAUGAUUUUUUUAAUCUUUAGUUUUUUGCCUGUUGUUCUUGCCAUAUAUUAUAUGAAACUUUAUAGACAGCUCUAAGAUAAAUAUUUGAACUUAUUCAGAUACUUCUCAAAUAUAAAGGUGUAAAGGGAAAUAGAGAAAACUAAAACUUUAAUUAAGUAAUUAAAGUAAAAUCCGGAUCGUCUUUAUCAUUAUAAGUUUGAGGUAGAAUAGUUUGAAGAAUAAAUUGUUUAUGAAAAAGGGAUAAUUGAAAAGGAAUAACAAAAGUAUAAAGAAUCAAAAUAUUUACCCUAAUUUAAACAAUUGUCUAUUACCUUCUCAGUUAUCAUUCUUCUAGGAGUUUGGAUGUUGUUUUUUUUAUUCAGUUUUUUUAGUAAUUAACAAGUCUAAUAGUAUCUGGAUAAAUACCCGAACUCAUGCGAUCUGUAUAAAUUUCUUUAAAAUAUGUCAUUAUCAACUGGAUCACUGCCGAGAAAUAGGGAAUUUAAAUUAACUUUUCCAUCUUUGCCAUACAUAAGAGAGGAGGAUAGCGCUUUGUUUUAUGAAACAAUAAGAGAUAGUUUAAAUGAUAUUGCAAGCUUUCUCAAAUUGUGUUUAAAUUUUAAUCCGGAUUUAUACUAUUCAUCAGAAGGAUUUUCAGACUAUUUUUAUAAUGUGCAAGAACAAAACAUAUGCGAUGUUUUGGGAGAUGAGUAAGUUGGGUUUCUGAGUUAUUAUUGUAAUACAUCUUUUAAUGGAAAUUUAAAAUUAGGAUUGUUGCCUACAAUCAAAUAUAUUUAUAAUGAGAUUUAACAAGAACAGUCAAUUAAUAAUUUUACAUCCAGAGUUGAAUAUUCAUAUUUAGAAAUGGAGGGAGGAUUGAUAAUAACAAGAGCAUUUUAAUAUAUGAGUAAGAUAUUCAAGAACGGGAUGGUGACAAUAACUUAGGAAUAAAUAAACAUUUCGAAUGUAUAAUAUAUUAAUUAAAUAUAGGCUCUAUCCAUAUGUUAUAUUAUCUUGAAUAUUUUGCUAAUAAUAUAUUUUUCUGGAAUAUUGCCUUUAAUAAUGAUAAAGGAACUGAAUUAAGUGAGAAGAUUUGUACUUAUCGUUCCAAGAACUGUUUUGUUAUUAGACGAUUAAUUUGAACGUCACGCUAGAAUGAUCGGAGUGAAUGAGAGAUACUGA